AUCCACCGACAUUCAUCACUUUUCACACUCGCAUCUACAACUCACAAACAAUGAGCAACGCACAAGCCCAAAUCCAGCCCGGAGACAAGAUACCCGAAGCAACACUCUUUUAUUCAAACAACCCGGAAGAGGAGGGUGUUUGUGCUAUUCCGCAAAAGAUUUCAACCACUGAAUUAUUCAAGAACAAAAAUGUCGUUCUCGUCUCUGUUCCUGCGGCGUUUUCUCCUACCUGUCAAGGAUCCCAUAUUCCAGGUUUUAUUGAAAAACUCGCUGAUUUGAAGGCCAAGGGUGUAGACACUGUCGCGGUUCUUGCGGCUGAUACCGUGUUUGCUAUGGACGCCUGGGGAAAGCAUCUCAAAGUCGGCAAGGAUAUUAUCAUGUUGUCGGACCCAUAUGUUGAAUUAUCCAAGAAACUUGGUCUCGCAUUUGAGACCCGUGGCGGAGCUCUUGAAAUGGGGCCGCGCACCCGUCGCUCUGCCAUCAUUGCCAACGACGGUACCGUCAAGUGGGUUGGCGUAGAUUUGAAAGGUCUGGAGAACUCUACUGCCGAAGCCGUUCUCGCCCAUCUUUGAGGUUGCAAAUGGCAUUUACCUCAUCAGGAUUGAGUAUCAUCGCUAGCAAAUACAUUGGACUUUUAAAUGCAUCUCGGUCCACUCCCAAAUACAGCAUGAUAAUGUAUUCAUUUAUGGAAAUAACAAAAGACUCGAGAAAAAAUAACACAAAAUUUUGUUUAAAGCAAACAUACGCAUCUAGCCUCAUCCUAACAUACUAUUGUCUGCAUGCUCUUCUACAUUAA